AUGGCACAGUCAACUAAAACACACCAGGCUUCUAAGCCAUCGACUUACCUCUUCCUCUACAACACUCUCUCAGGACUACUACGAACCGCUAUCUUGGCCAGGACUAUCUAUCUAUGGGCUAACCACGGUAAUGGCGCUGUGUGGGAUGAGCUUAACGUCACAGCGCGAUGGACCGAGACAUUGACCGUAAUUGAGGUCAUACAUGCUGUGACAGGUCUGGUCCGAGCAGCUCCAGCUACAACUGCGUUGCAGGUAGCUGGUCGCAACACCAUCAUCUGGGCCAUCACCAGAAACUACCCCGAUGUUGCCUUCAGGGAGACUGCGUAUAGUCUUAUGCUCAUGGCUUGGAAUGCGGCUGAUGCGGUGCGAUGUCUCUACUUUGCGCUCCAGACAGGAACUGGAUCUGUUCUAUCGGCUCUGACAUGGUUGAGGUACAACAUGUUUUUCGUGCUCUAUCCCAUUGGAAUUCUCUCUGAGAUGCGACUCGUCUACGAGGUCAUUGUGCCAUCCAGGGCUCGCAACUCCAUGUAUCAAUAUCUACUCUGGUUUGGUCUGACGAUUUAUGUCCCAGCGUUUUACAUCUUGUUUGGACAUAUGCUGGCUCAAAGGGCCAAACUGAACCGCCCAAAUCUCAAGAAGCAGACUUGA